CUUCGAAGUCAUCGAAUCCAACAGCUAUUUGACGCGAUGGCUCCGACAAUCUGCGCUCUCGUGCUAUUGUGCCUAUUCCUCGAGUGUACGGUAGCUCUCCCAGGUGGAGCUCCUUCCUUUUCAUGCUCUUCAAUGACUCCGGUUCACUUCGGGUUCCAUGCCCAACCUGUGAAGGAGAGCCCGUUCGCCGUCCGUCAAUCUAAACUGACCUAUACUCCUGGAAAUGACUCUAUUGUGGUGGCUCUCACAGCUUCAAAAAAUCGAAGCUUCAAAGGGUUCCUCGUGAAGGCUUUGAAUCCGAUUUCCAAUAAGCCGAUUGGGAAGUUCCGUGUCGAGACAGGCGUAGCCGGCAGAGACUCGUGCCAUGCCGCUACGCACGUCGACGCCUCGGAGAAGAAGUUCGAAGUCCUUCACUGGUCCGCUGAUGACGUCCAGGAAGAAAACAACUUCGUGGUUUUCCAGGCGACUUUCGUCGAAACAUUCCGAAAAUUCUACACCGGGGUAGAAAGCGUCAUACGAGGCAAAAAUGCGCGGAAAGAAAUCGAGUCCCUCAGGGAGUCGACGGUGAAUCGACGAAAAACUGAGAGCGGAUCUUAGAAUCGGAUCGUCGGAGAGGGGGACGUUCCGAGGACCGAGACAGCAGACCAUAGAGCUGGGGGAGACCCGGCUCCUUCGGCAGCGGACACAGAACGCUGUGAUUUGUAAGGUGUCACGAUGGCAUCCGCUAAGCUGAUGUCUCCAAUUUUUUUAUUGAUCUAUUAGAAUCUUGUAGCCUUGGUGCCUUUCCUAACACAGAAUCUGACAAUAAAAGUAUCGUAGAGGCGGACCUGCACUCUACACACCCGAA